AUGCCCAACCCAACACCAGUCCCUGCACUUCCAUGGAACUACAUUGCAAAGUUGGUCUGUAUAGGAGAUUCCGGAACGGGCAAGUCCAGCUUGACUAUCCGAUUAUGUGAAGGGAGAUUCUCUGCCUCACAUGAUGUCACUAUCGGCGUCGAGUUUGGGAGCCGAAUAGUCCCUGUCGGUCCUCCUGCGAAUGCAUCUUUGGGCAUCGGAACGCCAAAUGGAGGAGUCAGUCAUGCCAAUCCGCAACCGCAGAAGAAGAUGAAGCUUUCGUUAUGGGACACUGCGGGCCAAGAGACAUACAAAAGUAUAACGAGGAGUUAUUUCCGUGGCGCAUCUGGGGCGUUACUAGUAUUCGACAUCACGAGAAGAAGCAGCUUUGAGUCGGUCACUCAAUGGCUCAACGACCUUCGUCAGAUUGCUGAGGAGGGUAUCGUCGUCAUUUUGGUGGGCAACAAGCUCGACCUGGCCGAACAGAGCACGGACGCGGAGGGCGGCACCAAGCGAGCCGUGAGCAAAGAAGAGGCGGAAGACUGGUGUCGCAGAGAAAACGUGGUCAAGUAUGUCGAGACAAGUGCUAAGAGCGGCGAGGGAGUCGAGAAAGCGUUCCUCGAGGUGGCAGAAAGAAUAUAUCAGAAUAUCGAAGCCGGCAAAUAUGACCUCAACGACAGAAGAAGCGGAGUCAAAGGGUACGGGGCCGGGACUGGUCGAGCUGAAGGCAAGGCUCCUAAGACUGUCAACCUGACCAUGAACGACGCCGUCAAAAGUGGGCAGGGCAGAGGCUGCUGCUGA